CCCUAACCAUAUCAGACAAAUUGCAACAGCAAAGAAACAGAAUAAGUAAAAGAUCAAGUUGCCGCACCUAUAUAUAUCUCAGACACCAUUUUUCAGUUUCUCAUCGUCCAGCAACCUGCAAAAGUCAAUUACAGAACCAUGGAAAUUGUCACUGCGAAAUCUGAAUUCAGACCCGGAAGAACUCGUUUGUGCACGGCGGAAGACAAUGCCAUCGACACUAAGUGCAUCAAAAGACGUCGAAGAGAUCACUCCAAUGGUGCAUUAGGCUUGAGUAAUCAACAACAACAGCAUCAACAGCUACAAGGUGAUCAACCUACAGCAACUACUGUGAAGAGAAGUUCAAGAUUCAGGGGUGUCAGCAGACAUCGUUGGACCGGAAGGUUCGAAGCUCAUUUAUGGGAUAAAGGUUCAUGGAAUCCGACACAAAGGAAGAAGGGAAAACAAGUCUAUCUUGGAGCUUAUGAUGAAGAAGAAUCUGCAGCAAGAGCCUAUGAUUUGGCUGCCAUUAAAUACUGGGGAACAUCAACUUUCACAAAUUUUCCUGUAUCUGAUUAUGGCACGGAGAUUGAGAUAAUGAGAAGUGUAACAAAGGAGGAAUACUUGGCCUCUUUAAGAAGGAGAAGCAGUGGAUUCUCAAGGGGUGUUUCCAGGUAUAGAGGAGUAGCAAGGCAUCAUCAUAAUGGGAGAUGGGAGGCAAGGAUAGGGAGGGUUUUUGGAAAUAAAUAUCUUUAUCUCGGCACAUACAGUGAGUUUUUUACUUCAAUGCUUUUGAACAUGCCCUUAUUAUACGUCCAACUUCGGUUAAUUCCGACGAACCGGUCUCUUAUUGCAGGUACACAAGAGGAGGCUGCUCAUGCUUAUGAUAUUGCAGCGAUCGAGUACAGAGGGAUCAAUGCUGUAACCAACUUUGAUUUAAGCACAUACAUCAGAUGGCUAAAACCAGGAGCCAACGAUGCCCUUAUUUCGGAACAAAUUAAGACAGCCUCGGCAACUCGGCCGAUGAUGACAUCGAACAUUUUCCCAACUGAGCAAACAAAUGGCUUAACUCUCUUUAACUCCAAUCCUCUAACAGAAGAAGCCAUAGAUAUCCGAAAGAAGGGCGUUGUUAGUCCUUGUCCCAAGUCAUCACCAGCAUUGAGUCUCCUGCUUAGGUCUUCGAUGUUUAACAAACUAGUAGAGCAGAACUUGAACGCAAACUACGACCAAACUGAAGAGAAGGUGGCGGUUGAUAAGAAUGGAGGGGGAGAAAUGUUGUGCAAUGAAGUUGAUGGUGGUGUACUCCCUUUUAUGUGCUCCAACAACAGAGGUUUAGAAUCAAAGGAAAGUAAAGUUCCAUUGUACAAUAAAACAGGGCAGUCCAUGUGGAAUGGUGCCUUAAACCUUUUAACUAACGCAUAGGGUUCUCCAUAUUGGCCCGGCUCGAAGCAAAGCCGA